AUGUCGAAAGAGACGGAGCGCACCAUGCAGUACCAGGACGAGUUGCCGUCGCUGCCGCUGCCCCCGCUCGAGCAGACGCUGGAGCAGUACGUGCAGAGCUGCGAGGCGCUGCUGGAGCCCAGCGAGUUGGAGCACACCAAGGCCGUGUGCCACGACUUCCUGCACGGCGUGGGCCCGCAGCUGCAGGCCAUUCUGCAAGAGCGCGCCGACACGGAGCGCAACUGGAUCGAGGAGUGGUGGGAGACUUUUGCCUACUUGCAGCCUCGCUAUCCGUCGGCCAUCAACAUCAACUGGUACGGCGUGUUGCCCGGCAACUGGGGGCCCCGGGACAUGAGUCAGUGUGAAGCUGCCUCUAUCUUCACCCAUGCCAUCCUCAAGUUCCGCAAGAACCUGCUCGAAGAGAAGUACCCGCCGGAGAAGAUGAUGGGUCGUCCGCUGUGCAUGCACACGUACUCGCGCAUGUUCAACACGUGCGUCAUCCCGGGCGAAGAGUGCGACGAGAUGGUGUCGUAUCCGCACGACGCCAAGCACAUUCUCGUGCUGCGCAACAACUGCAUGUGGGCGGUGCAAGUGUUCGACGACAAGGGAGAAGAAAUCCCUCUCGCCGACAUUCUGAGGCAAUUCGAGUUGGUGCGCGAAGAAGCCACCGGUCUCUUCGACCUGGAGCGUUACCCCCCAGUCAGCGUCCUCACCUCGGAGAACCGCACGAAUUGGGCCAAGGCUCGGGACCACAUUAUGUCUCUGGACGACAUCAACAAGCAGUCGUUCGACCUGAUCGAGCGCGCUCUGUUCUGCGUGGCGCUGGACGAGAGCUCGGCCUCCACCUACGACGAAAUCGCUCGCAACUGCCUGCUCGGAGACGGCCGCAACCGCUGGUACGACAAGCCGUUCACGCUCAUCAUCCACGAGAACGCGCGUGGCGGCCUGAACGGCCAGCACGCGUGGGCGGACGCGCUCGUUGUCGUCCGCCUCUUCGACUACUGCAUCAAGUACGUAAACGAGAACUUCAAGGCCAAGUUCGCCAACCGCGCGGACCUCAAGCCGACGCUCAACAUCAAGCCUAAGCGACUGGACUGGGUGCUGGACAACGCCGCGUACACGGCCAUCGAGUGCGCCAGCGCGGCGGUGGGCAAGCUCAUCCACAACAGCGACAUCGCCACGAUGCAGUUCAACCACUACGGCACGGCCUUCCUCAAGCGCUACAAGCUCACGCCCGACUUCUUCAUGCAGAUGGCCAUCCAGCUGGCGCACUACAAGAUGCACAAGAAGGUGCCCGCGGUCUACGAGACGGCGCACACGAGGAUGUUCUACCACGGCCGCACCGAGACCAUCCGGUCGCUGUCGAAGGAGUCGCUCGCGUUCGUCAAGACGAUGGAGUCGAGCGCCUCGGACGGAGCCAAGUGGGACGCGCUGCGCACCGCCAUCGACGCCCACAAGGAGACGCUCAAGAAGUGUCUGACGGGCGACGGCAUCGACCGCCACCUCAUGGGGCUCCAGAUCGUCUCGGAGAUGUCGGGCAUCACGCCCAAGCCGUCGCUCUUCACGGACCGCGCGUUUGAAGUGAGCAAGAAGUACCUCAUCUCCACGAGCAACAUCAGCGGCGGGCCGGGCGCCAGCCCCAUCUGGGGCGGCUUCUCGGCCAUGUACAACGAGGGCUACGGCGUGUGCUACGCGCUGCAGCCGGACCGCAUCAACGUAAGCAUCACGUGCUACCACGUGUGCCCCGAGACGAGCGCUACCACGUUCAAGCGCUACCUGGAGACAGCGCUGCUGGAGAUGGUGGACCUCUGCCUCACGCGCAACGUCAUCUACGUGAGCUCGUCCAAGAUCUAAGUACCUACGUCGCGCAGUCAGACAUGCCAGGCCAGUCCUAAGCAAGAGGACGCUACUUAUAGUGUAGUGUCCCCCAAGUG